CGCACCGUUUUCCAUACACCCCUGCGCAAUCCGCUUUCUCUCUUGUUCUGCCUGUUCAGGCUUGCUCAAGUCAUUUUGUCUUCUGUCUCCGUGAUAGAUACGGCCUGUGGGAGUUCCUGUCCGGUCUGUCAUCCAGGUUGCUUCUCGGGUGCCACGUGCUUUGUGCUUUGUUUGAAGAGAGAACAAAGGCGAGGCAUGGCUACCUCUUACCGCUCUUUUCUUCGUACAAUUCCUGUCUGUCGCAGACGGAUCAGACAAUUUUGUUGGUUGUGAUUGUUGUACAUGGGGAUUCCUACAUCAUGAAGUUUGGCCGAAACCUCCCUCGAAACCAAGUCCCGGAAUGGGCAUCGUCCUACAUCAACUACAAAGCCCUGAAGAAACUCAUCAAGGCGGCUGCCGAGAGCGAAAAGCAGGAUGGCACUCUCGAUCUUGCCGGAUUUUUCUAUACGCUGGACCGCAGUCUCGAAGACGUGGACCACUUCUACAACAAAAAGUUCCAAGACUUCUCCCGUCGCCUGAAACUCCUCGAAGACCGCUACGGCAGCUCCUCGGAAGCCGUUCACCUACUCGACCCUGACGAGCGGGAGGACUUGAUGGCAGCGCUGCUCGAGUUGCGAGGUCAAUUGCGCAAACUCCAGUGGUACGGGGAAGUCAACAGAAGGGGUUUCAUCAAGAUCACAAAGAAGCUGGACAAGAGAAUACCUGCUGCGAAAGCCCAGAAGAGAUAUUUGGAAUUGAAGGUCGACCCGGCGGCCUUUGCUACAAAUGCGCAGUUGUUCGUAUCUUUGAACAAAAUCAACGAAUCCAUUGCCUUGUUGAACGAAGCCCUUACCACGACGAAACUUGACGAUGUCGCUUCUGUUUCUUCGUUGUCGAUCAAGCGCACAACUUCACGGCCAACACUUGACAUAUCAUCGGAGCAACUGGCCAAGGUUGAGGCAAUGAUACGUCAAGAUGACGCCAAAGGCCUUGAAGAGUGGAUCAACGGGACAAGUACGCCGUCUACAGAGAAGUCUGAACCCGCACGGCAACAGCUCCUGAAGACACUACUUCAGAGAGCCAUCACGAGCCGGAGUAAGGAGUGCACAGCUUUUCUAUUGCGUGAAAUUGUCUUUCUGGACGACCACGAUGACAUCAACCAGCGGAAUUGCAUCCAUCGGUUGAUCAUUUCAAUCGGCCGAAAGCAGUCGAACUGUGAUCAUGACUCUACGAUUACUCCCUUGCCAGGAGUCGAAAAAGAGCCACACAAUUUCAUCACACCUGCCGCCGAUCCCUCAACACAGUUGAAGCGUUCCGUUUUGCAGGAUGACCAGCGGAGUCUGAUUUUGACUCGCGAUGAUGCUUCGGUAGCUUUUCUCGAGUUCCUGCUCGAUAACCUGCAGCCCGUGCAACGUCCUGCAUUAUUGGCUAGGGACAGUGCCGGGCAGACGCCUCUGCACUUCGCGGCCGAAUACGGUAUUCGAGUCAUGUGUGAGAUCAUCAUUGAGCAUCUCAAGGCUUGGAAACUCUUCAAUAUGUCGAAUGGAAUUGACGGCCCUCAAUGGCAGGAUAACGAGGGCUGGGCACCAUUGCAUCUCAGUGUCAUGGGCGGUCACCCCUUGACAACCAAGGCUCUGCUUGACGCCGAGGAAAGUGUCGCCCACGAUCUGCCGCGCACAUCGAUUCGCCAAAACUCCCCAAAAUCGUCGAUCGCAUUGGCCCUGGCAACAAAAGCAAAUUUCAUCGAGAUAGUACGUCUUCUGGUCAUUGCCGGAGUAGACAUCAACUACCAAGAUGAACAAGGCGAUACUGCUCUCCAUGUGGCUGCUAGAUUUGGCCACUCUGAAUGUGCUCGUUUGCUGCUGGAAGGCUCCGAUAUUCAGAAAGCCAAUACUGAACUUUGCGAAACCACUUAUUCCUGGACUCCGUUGUUCAUCGCCUGCGUGGAUGGCCAUCUGCCAGUUGUGGAGUUACUCAUCGAACAUGGCGCUGAUCUUGAGCGCGUGGACUCUUCCGGUUGGAAUGCCAAAGAGCAUGCAGCGUUGAGAGGUCACGUGAGUAUUGCGCAACGACUUGAUAGCAUCAUGCCCGAAUUUGAAGGAGACUCGGACUCGUCGCUGGGGACAUCUCCUCCAACGGUACCUUCUUCUCUGAAUGAGAGAAACUCGAACGGCCUCGGCUCUCAAGCCCCGACUGUCAAGAUCAGUGAACCAAUCAAGACUUUUGGUCAUCGAUAUCUGACAGAUACCAGUAUGAUACUGGUAAGCCUGGGGACGAUGGAUACGAGGAAAAGUAUACGAGCGGUCAACCUCGAUCGAAUCCCGAUAUCGAAUGCUCACACCACACAGCUUGACACAGCACUUUCAAUUGUUGUUUCCGCAAAAGGUGCAGAAGGCGAAGCUGAAGUUAUUGACUUGCCUGUACAAGAUAACAUCGCCACAGAGCCCAUCGUGUUUCAUGCAAAAGAUCUUUCUACGGUGAAACUGCUUUUUGACCUUAUCCCGACAUAUGCUGGAUCCAGGGAGCGUAUUGUCGGCAGGGGUGUUGCGCUGCUUUCCAGCGUCAAAUCGAAUAUAGGGACGAAACGCAUGCCGCUCCAGGGAGAUGUCACCGUGCCCAUUGUGGCGGCUAACGAUCUGGAGGUGAUUGGCUCUGUCACCUUCAACUUCCUCGUCAUUACCCCGUUCAAGCAUCCAAACAUGGUGGUCACGGAGAAUCAGACAUAUUGGAAGAGUAUGACAUCAACUAUGGUCAUUGGUCAUCGUGGCCUAGGGAAGAAUCUCGCUGCGGGCAGGAGGUCGUUGCAACUUGGUGAAAAUACCAUCCAGUCAUUUAUUGCUGCCGCCAACCUGGGAGCGUCCUACGUCGAGUUCGAUGUGCAACUGACCAAGGAUCAUGUUCCUGUCAUUUACCACGACUUUCUCGUUAGCGAAACGGGCAUUGAUGCUCCCGUUCAUACGCUCACUCUUGAACAAUUUCUUCAUGUCAACGACAUGCGUACCCCACGACAUUCUCGACCUGCUUCGCCGGCGCCAGUCGAGAACCCUAAGAUUAGCAAUCUCAAAAAUAGCGACCCCCGAUUCCCCAGAAUGCGAUCCAUGUCCGUGGGCGGUGUGGAUCGCGAUGAUACGGUCGACAUGGCAGAGCGCAUGAAACAUACACGGGACUUCAAGAAGAAGGGGUUCAAGGGAAACAGUCGUGGUAAUCAUAUCCAAGCGCCCUUUGCCACGUUAGAAGAGAUGUUUAUCAAGCUGCCGAACAACGUGGGAUUCAACAUUGAAAUGAAAUAUCCCAUGCUCUCGGAAAGCGAGGAGGAAGAAAUGGACACAUAUGCCGUCGAACUGAACUCCUUUGUCGAUACGGUACUGACCAAAGUCUACGAAAUGGGCAAGGGACGGAACAUUAUAUUUUCGUCAUUCAACCCGGACGUCUGUUUGUUGCUGUCGUUCAAACAGCCCAGUAUACCUGUGUUGUUUCUCACCGACGCCGGCACCAGUCCGGUCGGUGACAUUCGCGCGACAAGUCUACAGGAAGCUAUCAGGUUCGCAUCUCGAUGGAAUCUAUUGGGUGUCGUGAGUGCAGCGGAACCUUUGGUUGCGGCGCCACGGCUCGUCAGGGUCGUCAAGGAGAGUGGACUUGUUUGCGUCAGUUACGGGGUCUUGAACAACGAUUCGACGAAAGUGAAAUUGCAAGUCAAACAAGGCAUCGAUGCUGUCAUUGUGGAUAACGUGCUUGCCAUCCGACGAGGGUUGACGGGAGAAGAUAGGAAGAAGGAUUCGCAAAGUAGCGGUAGUGGAAAUUACAACUCGAGUCGUAAGACGGCGAAUGGAAGUUUGGAGAAGAGCUUGAUGGGAAGCACGGAGAGUUUGGAAAUUCCUGUACCCGUCACGGUGGAGAGGACAAGUGAACCGGAAGAAAUCCACAUCCACAAGAAAGAGGAGGCUGGUGAUGAGGGAAACGGUACUGUCGUCGGCGAGCGAAUGUAAGGAUCAUCGAAGAAGGAGGAGGAGGAAGAGGAGGAGGAAGAACUUUUCAACAUUCAACAUGAGUUGGAGGCCAAAUGUACAGCGGAGCAGUGUCUGAUUUCGUGGUCGACCCCUUUGAAUAAGGGGUUGUGGAUGACGUUGACGUUGGACGUUGGACAGUACAAAGUAUAGUGCAUGGCAAGGGCGUUUUUGUUCUCCCCUUUUGGUUUGGAGAUUUGGGAAAUUCAGACGUCUGUUGAAAAGAAAAAAUCAGGCCACAUUGGGAUAAGCAUCAAGUGAUCGAGGAAAGCAUCACUCAUUGGGUCUGUUUUGGGCACGUUGAAAAAAAGGUGAUCCAUUGUUGCCAAUCAAGGACACCCGUAAACUCGGUACAGAGUGUGAGAGGGUGUAUAUUUGUACAUACAUGUCAGGACGUACAUACGAUUCCCUAGGAUUCAUCAUGAUAUUGUUACUCCUCUUUUGCCC